AUGUCUACCUCUAGCCCCUCCCCGGUCGUGGCCCCUCCCCACAUCCACGCCCUCCUCAAAGACCUACACAAAAAGUCCCUCGACCAAGAAGCCACCAUCGCCGCCAACAAAUCCGGCAAGGUCUUUUCAGGAGAUAUAAUCUCUAAGCUUUCAACCAAGGAAGAAGCCCAACAAGCCAACCCAGCUACAGAAUUCGACUCCCUCAUGCUCGACAAGUUCAUUGCGCUAGACGAGGACAAAUGCCACUUCACUUACCAACUCAUCACCUCCAUGGGGGCGACGAAUAUCGUCGAGGCCGGGACGAGCUUCGGGGUUAGUACGAUCUACCUUGCGCUAGCGGUUUCGCGGGUCAAGGCGCUUACGGGGAAGACGGAGGGGGUUGUGGUUGCGACGGAGAAGGAAAGUAGCAAGGCGGAUGUGGCGAGGGGGUAUUGGAAGCAGUGUGGGGAGGUGGUGGAGAGGGAGAUUGAUUUGAGGGUUGGGGAUUUGUUGGAGACGUUGAAGGAGAACUUGCCGGUUGUGGAUCUGCUGUUGCUUGAUAUAUGGUCGGCGCUCGCACUCCCUACGCUGAAGACUGUCUUGCCUAGGUUGAGGCCCGGAGCGGUCGUGCUUACUGACAACACGAUUUCCGGGGCAAAGGGGUAUGCGGAUCUGCUGGCUUUCAUGCGGGAUCCGAAGAAUGGGUUCCAAAAUAUGACGCUGCCAUUCACGAAUGGGUUCGAGAUGAGCGUGUAUAUGCCGAACUCGCAAUAA